AUUUUUUAUAUGCAUUUGAAGGUAAUGUAAAUCAUUUGUCAGAAUUUUGUGUGUGUGUGUGUGUGUGUUUGGGUGCACGAAAGGUGUUCGAGGUUUUGUCCGUGUGUAAAAGGGAAUAGUCAAAAGCUUUAGAUUGGUUUCGUAUCAUCUCAAAGCAUUUCCAUAGACAUGCCAUUGUUUUUUGAAGCUCCAAUAUAUUCUUUAUUUCUCAAAAUCUUUACGUUUGGUCAUUAGAGGUGUUGUAUUAGAAUCUCCAGAUUCAGGAUGGGAAAUCCUGUGGAUAUCUAAGAAAAUUUAUGAUUUCCAUCUACACAACAGAUCAUUGAAAUGGAACGUGUCAUUUGAAUCUCAAUAGCAAGUUUUAGCCACCCCUGAUAUGGAUUUUUGUAAAAGCACCCCUCAGCCUCAAAAUCUUUAUGUUUGAUAUGUAAUGCACCAUUUUGGCCAGAAUUGGGUACAAGUAGUUCUCUCGAUUAAUCAUAUCAUAUGCGAUCAUACUGCUUGGAACAUGAGCAAUUCCAACUUGGGCUAUGAUUUCUUUUCCCUUGACGGGUUAAUUUCCAGGAGCUUCUGGAUUAGUACAGAGAUUGCAAAAGUAGUGAACAGAGAACAAGAGGCUGGAUUGUUCGAGAGGGAGUUUAGACAAAUCUAGCAAAGGGGGAUAGACUUAGUCUUCACUCUUCAGUUGAUCAGAUUCAACCCGUAAGAAAUAGAAAUGUGGAUGAGAAAAUCAUUGCUCCACCGCCACGUGCAAUGCAAAUCAGCAAAAAAGAAAAAAAAAAAUGCAGAGCAUGCAUCAAGAUUUGAAGCCAUGUGUACUUGGUUUUUUGCCAAAUUUGCAAACAUGUGUCCUCUUUUCAACCCACCUGGCUUUUUUGAUCAGAUCGUUUCAACUCCUCUAUAAAUUCACCAUGGUCGAUUCAAAAGCAAGAAAAACAGAAAGACCAUCCAAAAAAGGAAGAGAAAAGAAAAACAAGUCAGCAGAAACAAGAAUGAAGCCGAGUGGUGUAAUCUGUGAUUCAGGCUGUGGCUGCCCUGUUCCAUGCCCUGGUGGCGUUUCUUGCAGGUGUGCAAGUGGAGGAAUGGGAGGAGGAGCAAAGUCAGGAGAAGAACAGAGUGGAGAACACAAGAAGUGCACCUGCGGGGAGCACUGCGGCUGCAACCCGUGCACCUGUGAUCAGGGCUCCAAUAUCUCCGGCACCGGCAAGACCCACUGCAAAUGCGGCCCUGGAUGCACCUGUGUUACUUGUACUGCUUAAUUAGUGUUUAGUUUCCUUCUUAACUUGUUCUAUGGUUUUAUGGAGUAGUAUUAAUUACCAGUAACAACUAAGCACAAGUUUCGAUCUUGUGGGUUUUAAUUUCUGUAUGUAUAGUCUCUAUGGAUCAAUCGAUCCUGGGAUUUCAGUACUUCAUCUUCCUUGUACACCGUAAAUUGCCACUUUUGUCCGUACUGCAUCUUCUUUUAUCCAUU